AUGGCUGGAGACGUUCCAGCCGUGGCGGGCAGCCACUGGGACCCGCGAGCGGCGGUGGUCAGCGCGUCUUCGCCCGAGCUGCCAGGCUGGAUGAUGCGCGAGCUGCCCUGCGCGUCGCCGACGGAGCGGGCCGCGGCGCCAUCGAAGCGGCGCCUCGGCGCGCCGCGCGGGGGUUGCCACCCGGACAAUGGAGGGGCGCCUCGCUCGGCCGCCGACGCCGAGGAGCGGAAGUUGCGCUUCAAGCGGCUGUGCGACGCCAUGUCGUUGCUGUUCAACUACGAGAGCAGCCGUGGCGCUCCGGGGGCCCCGAGUUCCGGCGGCGGGGGGGCAGAGGGCCAGGUUCUCGCCCGCGCUGAGGGCCGCGGCAGGUGGGAGAGCGCAGGCAAGACGCUUGCCGGUCACUUCCCUGCACUGUCCGCCUUGGACGAGGCACUCCGCGAGGCGCGCGCGGGCCUCGCAGCUCGGGCGCCGCGCCCCGAGGUGCUCGUCGCUUCCCAGCGUGCCGCGGCGAGGGGUGUCCUGGCCGAUGCCAUCGCGGAUCGCGCGCGCGUCGGCCCCAGGUCGCGGCGCGCCUCGCCGGCCGCCGGGGCGCGGUCCCCGGCGACGCCCCCGCGGCGGAGGCGCGCCGAGUCUGCUCCGCCCCAAGCCUCCCGCGCUGGAAGCUCCGCGGAUCCCUGCGACUCGGACUUCGACUCCGAGGGCCCCGCUCAGGCCCGCGACCUCCUGGCGCCCGCGACCUCCUGGCGGGUCGGAUAUGGGGCGGCCUUGCGCAGGAUCGUCCAGGCCGCCCAGCGGCGCCUCGAGCGCUGGGGUGGCCGGCAUGCUGCCUUCGCGUCGUCGCUGCUCAGCCAAACGGCGUGCCUCCUGCGGGCCCCGCGGAGCGGGGCGGUGCUGCAGGCGUCCCGCGCAGCGGCGUCGCGCGGCCAGCCUGCCCUGCGUCUGCGACCUGUUGCGCACCUCUCCGAGAGCGUCGAGCUGCUCCCGCCACGCCUGUGGCCCAUCAAAGAGGCACCUGCGGAGCUGCUCGACAGGUAUCGAGCCAUCUGCAGCGCGUCCCACCCGACGCCCUUGCCAAGCAUGCCGCAACGGCAGGACGCGGCCGAGCUGGGGGCGAAGCUGCGCGCCCACGCUCGCGAAGCGCGCCCUGCUGGUCCGCCUGCCCCCUUUCCCUGGGCCGACAUCGAGGCCGGGCUCCUCUGCGUGCCCUCGGAGGUCGAGGUGUCCGCGCGGGGCGUCGUGGACGCGACGGACGACUCCUUCGCAGUGGCGCGCGCGGAGAUCGUGAUCCGCUCAGGAGUCGACGAGGAGAGGUUGCCGCCGUACUUCGCGUCGCGUGAACGGCGGGCUGCCCUCUCGACGGGCCGCGUGGCCCUUCGGAGCAGCGGAGUCGCGCACUUCAUGUCGGCGUUCAGGAUCAGCCUGCUGCGAGCGAGCAUCUCCAGAGUCUUCCUCAUGAGUGCGAGCCUGAUGGCACUCAGCCUCGCUGGGGUGGUGAUGGCGAUGGGGGGCGACUGGAGGCAGCUGGCAGCGAGGGGCGCAGCGCUCCUCGAGGAUGGCCCCAGGAGGGCCGAGCAGAUUCGCGCUGCGGCGAACCGGGCGUUCUUCGAGCUGGACGGCGACGACGCCGUGAGCAGGGCCGCGGCUGGUCGGGUUCGCCGGCCGCGCGGGCCGUUCGUGCAGGGCCAGCUGGCAUCCUAUUGGCGCGAGGUGAAGCACGUGAAGUCGAAGCGGCUCCGGGGUGAGCACGGGCGGCGCGGCCCGGCCAUUGCGCUGGCGGCCGAGGGCCACGCCCGGCCGCGCCUUAGCUACCGCGGGGCGCUGUUUCUCGCGACGCCCGAGCAGGGCGACGGCGACCCAGACAAGGAGGGCGCCGUGGGCGACGCGCUGGCGACCAAGACGAGGAUGCACCUGAACCUUGAGUGCUACCCGAAGUACUACCACUACCUGGAGAUGGACACGAUGUGCGAGGCGUCAAAGAUGAGGAUGCACCCGGAGAUGGACAUGACAUGCAACAUGUCACGGCUAACGACCCCCCUUUGCCUAAUGCAGUCGGGCAGGGGCGCGCCGCGGACUUGGGCGCGGCUGCUGUGCCAAGUGCCUCGCGGCAACGACCUGAACGAGAAGGGCGGCCAGAACCCGCGCCACAACCUUGCCCUCGGGCCCCUCUACAAACGGUCGCUACCUGACGACUUCGAAGCAGAUCGCGAACGCCUUCGCAUGCGCCGCGAAUUUUUCAAGCAGAGUCGUGUCCCGAGGAUCGAGGGCGACGCGAUGGACGACGAAGUUCUCUUACUCAAGGCGAAGAAUCGCUCGAGGGGUGCAUGUGUGGCAGGGGGGAUUGACGCCGCGAAGAAUCAGGAGCUAGCGGGCGUCGAGAAGGCGGACGUCUUGCCCAUGAGGCGCGCCCGCACUGACAGGAAUGGGCCUGCGAGGGGAAGUCUCGCGCGCGAGCAACACCCGCUGAAGGCGAAGCCGCGGGGCAUCCUCCAGGGCCACAAGGAUAAGCGGCUGCUCGCGUGCGAGUUGCAGACGAACGCGCCGACGCUCGCGGACGCGGCCGCGGCGGUGAUCAUCCAGGAAACUGCCAGCCAGCCAGGCUGGGGCCUCGAGCAGGGCGACGUAGGUUCGGCGUUUUUGAAUGGGAGAUAUCUCGACGGCCCCAGGCGCGUGCACUUCCGCGUUCCCAGGGGCGGCGCGCCUUCGGUGCCGGAGCAAGGAUGGCCGGUCGUCCCGGAAGGGGCUAUCUUGAAGGCGAAUAAUGGCAUCUACAGGUUGAACGAUGCGCCUCUGUUGUGGUGCGGGGGGCAUCGCGGCGCCAUCCUAUCGCUUACCGGGGCUUCGAGAUCCCAGCUGCGCCCAGCCCUCUUCAGCUUUCGCGGUGACAGGGGAAAGCUGAUCGGUCUGAUCGGGGCACGCGUCGACGAUGACCUCGUCGCGGGAUCGUCCGAGUUCUGUGCGAACCAGGUGUCCAAACUGAUGAAGGCGCACUGCUGCAGCAAGUGGCAGACGGCGAAGGCGGGCUUCCACCACUGCGGGCGCUUCCUCAAGCAGAACGACAACGGCGCGAUCACACGCGGCCAGAAGGAGCACGCGGAGAGCAUCGAUAAUUUUCCCAUCUCGGCCGAGCGUCGGAAGACCAAGGAGGCGAAGGCCACGGCGGAGGAAAGGGCUAUGGUCCACCUUGGCAACGGCCAGAUCCAGUGGCUGGUCCGUUCUACGCGGAUGGACUUUGCGUUCCGGUUGGUGGAAAGCAAGGCUCGGGCUCGCGACGGCGACCUGAAGGUGCAAGACCUGUUGGACUACAACAAGCUCGUGAGCGACGCCAUGACCGACCAUGUGGACAUAACCUUCCAGAAGUUAGACAUGGGCAACGUGAUUGCGGUGGCAGUGGGGGGCUCGGGCCCCGGCAACGUGGGCAAGACGAAGGCCGCUAGCCAGGCGGGCCUGUCAGCCUGCUCGCGGACAGCACUGGCGAUCAGUUCCUACGCGGGCAGCCUGUUAAGGGCCCGCAUGGACGACGUAAGGGCGAUCCAGAUGGUAGAGGUCCUGGACUGCAAGUCGCUCUACGACCUGCCCCAGAAGCGAGGGGCGGUCCCGUCCGAGAAGCGGCUGCUCAUCGACAUCGAGUCAUUCAGGAACGACGUAGAGUUGGACAACGUGGUGAGCAAGUGGGCGAACGCCGAACAGAUGCUCGCCGACGCGCGAGUGACUACACGAGGCGAUGCAUACUUCGUGGGCUGCAUCGCGACCAAGGACAUCGAGCACCUCGAGGACACGAAUGUUCUUUCGGACGAGGGCGUGCUGGUGGAGUCGGAAGAGAAGGGGGAUGCGGGAGAUAGGGCGGGCCUGGACCACGCGAUGGAGAUCUACAUGAUGGGCGCCGCGGGUGCCGAGACCGAGGCUCGCAGACUACAUGAGCGCUUGAAGCGCGCAUCCUACAAGCAGGUGGAACAUGGCCGGGGCGAGGAGAUAAUAUCUUCGUGGCGUGCCAGCCGGUGGUCGCAGGACGCAGCAACUGCCGCAGAGCUAGACGCGACGCAGAAAUAUCCCGAAAGGCAAGAGCAGCGAGAAAGAACAGGCAAGUCACGGACCCCGUGCGUAGUUGACCCUGAAGAAUGCGCACAUUCAGCGGAUCAGCUCGCGACUAUGGGUACCAACCUUUACAGGGAGAAAGUGCGCUGCCGCCUGCGUGACACGCUGCUCUUGGACCGAGACGCGAAGUGGUUGUCCGACGAGAAGGAGAUUCGCGCAGAGGUCAGGGCGAUCCGCUUUGAGAAGCAGAAGCUGGAGCUCUUGAGCCGGUCGAGAGCACUGACGGCCAG